UCAAAUUGCUCUUACUCCAGUUCACUGGACAUUUUCCUAUUUUUCUACUCUGUGAACUGAACUCCUGACCCCUCAGCCCUCCCCUGGACAGUCUGGGAUAUAGACAUAAUCUUUUGGGGGAGUAGAGGUGGGGUGGGGAGAGACCCUGAGACCCUCAGAUAGAAACGGGAUUGUGGAUGUGCUGAUCUGGUUGUUUACAGAGGACACCCAAACACACUGCUGAUCUGCUGUACUAGAGUUCUGGUGAACAUCUCGUGGUCAUGGAGCCUGUGUAUGGGUCCAGGAGCAGAGCCCUAAGCUGUGGCGAAUUCUGUCAUUCUAAUAAUGUGAAGCCCUUCUCUCAGCGCAGGCUGUCCGCUCCCUCUCUUCUUCUCAAUAAAGCUUUGACAAAGACCAGCCCUGCAAGCAAUGAGUGUGUGUCUGACAUUAGUCCCGCCUCCUGUGCCAUGAUGCAGUCUCUGCUGGGCCCCAGGCGGAAGCUGGUUUGUCAUGGCGUGGCGCAGCUGCAGGCAGGGCUUCAGACCCAGGAGCGCUACCUCUUCCUCUUCAGCGACAUCUUCAUCAUCAGCAAGGCUAAAUCAAGUUCUCAGGUAAAGCAGAAGGCAUGUGUGCGUCUGUGUGACAUGUGGACGGCCAGCUGCCUGGAAGAUGUGUGUGAGGGCACCACCAGUCCAGACACCAGCUUCGUCAUAGGCUGGCCCACAUACAACUGUGUGGCUACUUUCAGAACCGCUUAUCAGAAAGAGAGGUGGCUCUCCCUGCUUCAAAGCCAUAUACGCGAGGAGAAGGAGCUUGAUCACCCGAAGGUCAUACCACUGAAGAUAUACGCUAAGGAUACUGGACACUGUGCUCACGCCAAAGCUCUCUCUGUCAGGAAUACAGACUGUACCUCUGAUGUUAUCAAGGCAGCGCUACAGAGGUUUGGACUACCGGGUAGUUUGAAGGACUUUCAGCUGUGGGUGAACUCCAGUAUGGAUGAGGCACCCUACCCUCUGAUUGGUCACGAGUUCCCAUACAGUAUAAAGAUGAGCCACAUCCGAGCCCUGCAGCAGAACACUGCGGAGACUCAGCACCAGCACCAGAUGGCGGUGUUGUCUGAUGAUUCACAUUGUCAGUUUAUCCUCAAGCCUCGUAGGACAGACCACCCCCACAGACUCACAGAAGAGCAGAGGAGUAGGAGGAAGGUGCUGUUGCUGACCUGGCCCUUUAGACGGAGCUCCACAGUAGAACUGGACGGCCCAUUUCAAUCCUCCUUUUCUCCUGACUCUGCCCCGGGUCAGCUGUUUGGAAAACCACUGAGUGAAAUAACUGCAGGCCACACCCUUCCUACACCCAUUAAGGACAUGCUGAUAUGUUUAUGUAAUGAGGGGGCGGCGACCUGUGGAAUAUUCCGACGCUCUGCUGGGGUAAAGGCCUGCAGGGAGCUGAGAAGGAAGCUUGACUCUGGUAAUCCUGACAUGAGCCAGGAGUCUGCAUUGGUGAUUGCUGCUGUUUUUAAGGAGUUCCUGCGGAACAUUUCAGGCAGUGUUCUGUGUGAACAUCUGUAUGACCAGUGGCUUAAAGCAGUGGAGAGCCCUGUGAAGAGAGGAAACGUGCAGGACGAGGAGAGAGAAACACAAAAGGGCAGAGUACAGGAAAUGCAAAGGCUGGUCCAGCUGCUACCUGAGGAGAACCGGCUGUUGCUGAAACACACAAUAGCGAUGCUCCACUGCGUCCAGAAUCACUCUGAUGUCAACCAGAUGAACUCCUCUAACCUGGCUGUGUGUAUAGCCCCGAGUCUGCUGUGGAGUAACUCUUCACUCACUCAGCGAGAGGACACCAAGAAGGUUUGUGACCUUGUUUGCUUUUUGAUUGACAACUGCCACUCUGUGUUUGGGGAGGACAUCACAGCCCUUACAGAGCUUUCUCUUGACAGCGGAGGAACCUUCAACUCUGCAGGGUCUUUGAGGCACAUGUCGGACUCCUGCUAUGACAGUUUGGAGAACGAGCUAAAUGCUGAACUGGAGGACAUCUCCUCAACCCAACGCAUUAAAGGCAACACGCUUAGCAGGGAUUCGCUCAUUUCUCUGAGUGACUGCGACCUUGAUCAAUCGGAACCUGAUGCAAAACUUGACCCCCUGCCACUCGCUCGAAUUAGGACGUUUACGCCUGCUGUGCGCCAGCCUCGUCCUCAUAAAUCACGAUCUAAAUCAAGUUCUGAGCCAGCCUUGGUGGGCAAUGCCUUCUCUAGUCUAGGUAGGGGACAUGAGGCUCGCAAGGCGAGUCUUGAUAGCAGCAUCCUGCGAGAUGAGCUAAAAGAUGAGUUUGAUCAAGAGGACGUGUUCCUUGAUAACGGCUUUCGAAACCUGCAAAUGGACUACAGAGGGGUUAGAGUCAGCAACCACAGACAACAAAAUCAGCCUCAGAUGAGACUGGAUCCCACUGGCUCCAGUUUGUCAUCCUCAGUGACUUCUUCCUCAUCCAUAAGCUCAAUGGACAGCUCUUUGGACAGUGUUUUCUCACAAAGUAUUGAUUUCAGUGGUCCCUAUUCAGAUCUCCUUGCCUCCACCCAGGCUUUUUCACCUAAGAGGCAGUCUAAUGGCCUUUUGCAGAAGAAUCUCCAGAGUAUAGCACAAGAAAACCUGUCAAAAGGGAACCAGCGUUUGUCGCAAGAGCCAGACAUCAAUUCCACAAGUGGUGGCUUUUGUGUCAAGCACCUUUCUUGCAGGGCCAGCAAACCUCCAUCUUACCAGGAGGCUUUAAAGUCACUCAACAGGAGCCCUCCAACACAAAUAUCCACAAAUAGCCGCACAAACACCAACCAAUUAUUACCAACACAAACCUACUUGCAUGCAUCAUCCAUCCUGCCCCUACAUGGGGGUAAAGACCUUUUUUACAGAGGUCCAACGAUGGAACCUCAGAAUCCCUCAAAUCUUCAAACUGUGAGCACUAACCCCUUCGAGAUGGCUAUACACUCAAGCAAUGGCACUCCAAAUCUAGACCCCCAGACAGCCAGUGAGGUCCCACCACCACAAAGUGUGUUUUUUGGACAGAGCUGCAGACUGAUGAUGCAAAUAUCCAGGCCUCUAUUUCAGGCAACAAAACCUGGUCCUUCUGUCUCUCUGUCUGAGAGGACAAAUGGACAGGGUUCUUAUUUCUCUCCCAGAGACAAUUUCCAGAACUGCUUUCUGAAGGCAGCCUCUAACAGACUGAGUGCGGUCAGGAGGUUGGAGGAGCACACCAGUGGACCUUAUAGUGGUAAAUGGUGUGAGGACCAGAAACUUAGGCUCCACCCAGAGGAGUCGUAUGUGUGAAGACAUUGGAACAACACUGGGAAUGGAUGUUUUUGACUCCUUUAUGUUCUUAAAUCAUGCAAAUCAUUUAAAUGUAACGUAUAUUAUGGUUAUUUUGUUGGUUUGGAAGCAUGCUAUCAGCAGUAUGAUGAUUUGGAGGAGAAUGAAGAGAGGGCAUAGAACCCAAAGGUGAUUUUGGGUUGGAAAGGAGAUAGGAUGGGGGAAAUGGUGGCAAACACUUGACGUGAUCAUGUGAAAGAGGUAGAAAUUGUAUUUUUAAAACGUUAGAUUGAUAGGAGGGGCUUAAGGCAUGUUCCCACUAAUAUUUUUUUUUAUAUUUUAUAACACCACCUAUAAAAAUAAAAACACAGAACAUUUAACCUAAUAUUAGUGUAGUGAGUCUGGUUCAAGAAUUUAUCUCCACAACUCAUCCCAGAAGUAUUCCACAACUCAAAGCUGGGGCUUUACGUUCAUCUAGCCCACACCUGGCAUUGAGUCAAUAGUUUCAUGUACAUUAUAUUCGUUUCAGAAACCCCUGUUCUAUUAAAAGUGUUGUAAAAGUGACACAGGUGUGUCAGUAAUGGGGGCAACUUUAUGUAGGUCAAUGCAUUCUUUAAAAUGUGUGCCCACAAACAGUUGGAUAUUUAGAGAAUAUCUUAUUGCUUUUCUAUAUCAUUGCAUAAUUUAUCAUUUUCUGACCAUGAAAACCAAUUGUUUUGUAAUUUAACCCAAAAUGCUCGUUGCUAACUUACACCCCACCAACAAUCUAUUUUCAGGCCUUGCGUCUGCAUUGUUUAAAUAGCAGCAGUGCUUGUGAAUAUAUCUACACUGAUGGGUGUGGUGGUCUGGAAGUGAGGUGUGUUCAGGUAAAUUUGUGCUGUAUUGCAGUGUAUCUUGGCCACAGAAAACACCGGUGUGCCAUUGACUGAAAACAACCUAGACAGACGUCAACACUCAGACAUUCAUUUCUAUUUUGGCAGUGAAUUGUCGACAUAGGAUCAUGCCUAAUGCACUUACACCCGCUCAUUACAAACACAUGGACACCGCGCCAUUGAAAUAGCAACAUGCCAAUUUCAGAAUGCAACUGUGACACACUGAUUGGUUUAUUUCAUGUAACGCCCAAAACACACCCAUGAUUGAUUAAGAGAAUUCGUAUAUGCCCUUUGCCCCAAUGUACCUUGUGUGAGUGUAUUUAUGUAUUUUUUUUACCUAACAAAUGGAUUUUAUUAAAAUUAUAAAUGGUAACAGUAAACUUUAUUGUAAUAAUAUUAAAAA